UAAGAUAUUUAAAUAAAUUACAAAGUAUUCACUUGUCAAAUAAUCAUAUUGAAGAAUUUCCAUUAUCUAUUUGCUAUUUAAAUUCUUUAACAUUUCUUGAUUUAUGUUAUAAUAUUUUGAAAAAACUACCAAAAUCUAUUCAACAUUUAAAACGUUUAAAAACAUUAUUAUUACUUGGUAAUAAAUUACAACGUUUACCAAAUGAAUUAUGUCAAUUGAGUGUAUUAGAAACACUUUGGAUUGGUGAAAAUCAUAUAACACAAUUACCUGUUGAUUUUCAUUUAUUAAAUAAUCUUGAUUGGAAAGAUCAUUAUUUAUCAUCGAAUUAUGAUGGAAAUCCAUUAAUUCAAUUACCAUUAACUGUUUAUAGAAAAGAUAUGACAGUUACUGAACAACAUCCUCGAAAAUAA